AUGGAUCCUGUAGACCCCAAUGAAGCUUAUUCAACAAACACCAAUGCCGCUGUUUCUACCGAUGAUUUGAACUCAUCACCUUCAAGUGAUCAUCAAUUCUUUAGCAUUGAUGUUGAAUGCAAAAUCUUUUCUGCUUUGAAUGGUGUCCUUGUAGAUGGUCUCACCGAUACCAUUCAGUGUGGUAUCACUAUUGUCCCAAAAGAGGAUAUAGAACGAUUUAUAUACAUGCUUUUUUCUUAUUUUGAUGUUCCAGAGAAUGCUCAACCUCGCAUGGCUGCAAAAAUCUUGGCAUGUACAGAAGAAAUUGUGAAUGAGUCGCCAAAGAAUAAGAAGAUUCUGGAUUUGUAUAUUGUUCUAGCUCAUAUUAGCCAAAUUCAAAACUAUAAUGAUAUUGGGCUUGUGGAUGAAUCCAUAACUGAUAGUGAAGAUAUGAGACUUGUACCCGCAAGCAAGUCAUCCAUCGAGGGAUUGGAGAAGGUGAAUGUGGAUGAGCAGAAAGAAGGAAGUGCAAAAGGAAGGUGUGAUUGUGCAAUUUGUUUUGAAGAUUUUUCAAUUGAUUCUGAAGCUGUUCGUAUGCCUUGCUUUCAUUUAUUUCACAGAACAUGCAUCACUAGACGGCUGCAUCAUCGCAAUACUUGUCCUCUCUGUCGAUUUCAAAUGCCUACAGAAAAUGAUGAUGAUCAUGAUGGUGAUGAUGAUGAAUGA